CACAGUUACCCCUCAUUUUUACGGUGAUAAAACUUAUUACACCCAGGAGUGUGCAAUGAUUGGUUGUUGUUAACUUUUCUAGUACAUAUGAUAUGAUUAAUAUAUAGUACAUGAAAUUUGAAGUGUACUAAAGAGUGUCUGAAAAACCAAGUCUAGCUGUGAGGGAUGGACAGAAGAUGCUGUUACAAAGAUUUGCUACCUUUUACUUCUCUUGUUGGCAAUGAAUGCAUGAUUGUUGGUGUAUACACUUUGUUCAAAGUAGCUACUUUGCAAGGAUUGAGUAACUAUGUUUUUAUUGCUUACUCUUAUACUGUUUCAACUAUUGUCCUUCUUCCUGUAUAUUUUUUCUAUACAAGAUCAAGAGUGGUUCCUCAACUCAGUUUCUCCAUCCUAUUUAAAAUUGCUCUUCUUGGGGUCAUAGGAUGUUCUUCUCAGAUUUUGGGGUAUGCUGGCAUCAGUUACAGUUCUCCUACACUUUCCUCUGCAAUUGGAAACCUCAUUCCUGCUUUUACCUUCAUGUUAGCUGUCAUUUGCAGGAUGGAAAAGAUAGCUAUUAAAAGCAGAACUACACAAGCUAAGAUUUGGGGAAGCAUUAUAUCAAUAUCAGGUGCAUUUAUAGUGACACUUUACAAAGGCAAAUCAAUCAUCAUUGCUCAUAAUUCCAUUCACCUUCAACAAUCAAAUAGCAUUCUUACUUCAAUUGAUACAAAUUGGGCAAUUGGUGGACUUCAGCUAACAGUAUCCAAUAUACUACUUACAAUAUGGUUCAUUGCACAGGUGGAAAUCAUGAAGGAGAUUCCAGAUGAACUAACUAUUGUCUUCAUUCACAACAUAUUUGCAACCAUUUUAGCUUCAACCGUAGGUUUUUUAGCAGAGAAAAAUAGGAGUCUUUGGAAGAUAAGACCAGACAUAUCAUUGAUCUCUAUCAUUUGCACCGGAAUAUUUGGCAAGUUCCUGAGCAGUGCAGUAUAUGCUUGGGCAAUACAUUUAAAGGGUCCUGUAUAUGCAACAAUGUUCAAGCCACUUUCAAUUGUUAUUGCUGUUGCUAUGGGUAUUUUGUUCCUUGGUGAUACUCUUCAUAUUGGAAGGUGA